GAGCACGCAGACAAUGCAUGCUUGUGUCCUUGACGACGGGGUGUCAAUGCAUCGGCCGAACCACAUGUCAAGGCCUACGCCUAGCCAGGCCGCACCAGUGGGCAGCGUGCCGUAUCACCAACCAGCGGCAGGUGCGGCCAUGCAGGAACAGAGGGCUGAUGUGGGCGGUGUUGCGGAAUCCCCUCGAUGUGUGGAGCGUAUCGUCUACCGGUUCAACAGCUUGCGGGCGACCAGCGAAGGUGACGGAACAGGCGCGACCAUGCAGGAACGGAGGCCUGAUCUGGGCGGGGUUGCGGAAUCACCUCGAUGCGUGGAGCGUAUUGUCUGCCGCUACAAUAGCUCGAGGCCGACCAGCGACGGUGAUGUGGGCGGCCGUGACGGUGGUGCCAGCGAGGCAGACCGCGUCGACGUAGAAGACGAUGACGGUGACGAGGAAGACGAAGACGAAGCUCCGGUCAAGGAAGCAGUCUCUAGCGGGACGAAAAAGCAAGCUUCCAAAGUCCGUGGGAAAGCGAAGGGUAAGGAUAAGGAAGGUAAUACGAACGGCGAGGGUAGUGGGAGUAGAGUGCGGGGGAACUGGAGUUUGAACGAGUCCCUCGUUCUUGUCCGGUGCAAGAGAGACCAAAACGACUACUUCGCUAAUGUGGGAACCAAUUUCGCCAGAAUGAAAACGAAAGACCAGAAGUGGAUGGACAUCGCUAAGCGGAUGGAGAAGGAAAGAGUUCGGCGAGACGGGGAGCAAAGCAUGAAGAGAUGGGAGAACAUAUUCGGGUGGUACAGGAAAGUGUGGGACAGGGAGAAGGAUUCGGGACUGCAAUCGUACUUCCUCAUGACCACCAAAGCACGGAAGGAGAAAGGGUACAGGUUCAAUCUAGACCACACUCUAUACGAUGCGAUCCACAUCAUGCAGGGGAACAACCAGGCCGUCCACCCGCCUAAUCUCGUGGACACAAGCAACACACAAGGACAACAGUCACAACAAGGUGAGCAAGGCCAAGCGGCAGCGGGUGGUGGGGAAGCAGACACUUCGGCGAGCGAGAACUGGGGAGCGGAUACGGGGGAUGGGUGUGGCAGCACGUCAUUUUCAAACGGCAUUCAAGGCAAGCGGAAGAAUGUCAGGCAACUGGCUUUCGAGGCGGUGACGGAUGUGAUGAAAACGCACUCGACCGUUGUCGCGGAGUCCCUAGACCGCGCGAGCAAGCGGCAGUGCGACGUGCUCCAACGACAGUGCGACAUAAUGGAGAGGGAGGCGAGAACGCAGGAGAGGCAAUGCGAAGUUCUGGACGUCGGGCACCGGAUGCUGUGCGAUGCUCUGCUUAAGAUCGCAUCGGCAUUGGCCAGGGAUUGAUUGCGAGGUUGUGACAGGACAGCAAACCCCAACACCCAGGCGGGUGCGCUUGCACGGGCGGUGCGCGGGGUGUCAUUUCAAGGCUAGAUUUCGAACUUCCAUUCUUUUUUUUAUUUUUUAUUUUUUUGCUGCCUUUUUCAUGACGUUGUCGUUCUCGAUUCGCAACGAUGUCAACCACUGGCUUUUGAACCCGUCCGUCAGCUUGUGUUGGGUCAUUUCACAUGAUUGUUUGUUGAACGUUUUCUGUUGGUAUAUUUCAAAGAUUUUUUUUUUUUUUAAUGACUUCUUUUUUUUUUUUUUUUUUUCCCUCUCAUCGACCGUUCGUUUGCAGUCGGUGCGGGUGGUCGCAACCCGAGGUCUUAGUGUUGGAUGAAGUCCAAGAGGGGUAGGGAUAAGCAUCCCAUCCAUGGUGUUCGCUUCGUAUGUCGCAUCACUGAUGGGGUGGGUCGUUUGGAGGGAGGGGCGGAGGGGUCGGUAUGGGGGAGGGGUUGGUAUGGGGGAGGGAGGGGUUGAUAGGAUCUGGCCCCUGCGCCAACAUGACGCGGUUCAUCUCGACGAUCAACUCAGGGCGCACGACGAUGCCAGCGAAACUUAAUAAAGGUCAUGGCAUCGU